GCAAAACUUUGUUUACACCAUUUAGUCAGCAAAGGACGUUAUAGCUUACUUAAUGAAUAUUUAUUAAAGAAGUAAUAUUCAAUUACAUAUUCAGUGUUUUAUCAUCAAAGUAUUCAAUCAAAGGAACUAUUUGAAGAUCUACUUUUUUGGCAUCGUUAUUUCCGGCAGAUGCUAGUCGGUCAUGGGUAAACAAGAUUUACUGAGAAGUUUGCAUUUAUUUUGAAAGUGAAUGCAAUAAAAUGGUGAAGCUGACAAUUGAUUUGAUAGCGAGGGGAACCUCGGGGUACACAAAGAAAAAGAGAGAUGAAACGAUGAACCAUUACUUGAAGAGGCUUACUCAUCUUUAUCUAGAGAACAAGUGCAUUGACGAAGUUGGAGAAGACAUGUCAAUGUGUAGGAACCUGUCCGUCCUUUAUCUGUAUGACAACCAGCUGACGUCGAUCCCAGCCCUCCACCACAACCAGUUUCUGACAAUGCUGUAUCUACAGAAUAAUCAUAUCAGUCGAGUAGAGGGUCUACAACACCUUCACAGACUUACAAAAUUGUACCUGGGUGGGAACAGUAUAACAGUUGUAGAAGGGCUGGAGAAGCUGGAGAAACUACAAGAGCUUCAUCUGGAAAACCAGUCUCUACCGCCGGGCGAAAAACUUCUCUUUGACCCACGUUCUUUAAAAGCCAUAUCUGGAUCACUAAAAAUGCUUAAUAUCAGUGGAAAUAAUCUAGACAGUAUCAGAGACUUAGAGUGUUUAAGACAGCUCUCACAUUUUAUUGCAAUAGACAACAACUUAAACGAUAUGAAAGAGCUAGCACAUGUGUUUGGACAGUGGUAUUGGUUAACAAGAUUGGAUUUAAUGGGAAACCCUCUGUGUCACAAGGCCAAGUAUCGAGAUCGAGUCAUAGUGAUGGCGAAGCAGCUGGACACACUUGACGGCAAACAGAUUAGCGAGACAGCCAAACAGUUUCUGAAGAAUUGGCACGCGAAUAAGGAAACACAGAAACAAAAACGAAUGGAGGUGCUGAGACGAGGAGAAACAUUUCUUGACGAUUAUCGCGUAGGUGAGGCUGGAGGAGAUUUACCGCCAGUUCGGGACCCGAGUGGACGGACAGGGACAAUACCCGGCUACAUGAUGCCAGAGAAUAUAAUUAAAGGCCUACCGAGAAAGCAAUUUGACGAAUUGCUGGCCAGAACGGCCACGCUUGCCGAUCAGGGUUUCCAGCGCUCAGCCCCGGUCAAAGCCCGCAGCGGGCUCCUAAGGUCAAAACAUGAAAUUGUGAAAGCGACACGAAAUCCAGCAGACAUAACGUCCACCAGUCACACUGACGUUUACUCUGGGUCAGCUCCGCCUCGGCGCCGCCCGCUGAUGAGUGUCUCCUUCUCAGUUUCCGGGAAUUUCAACCCAACCAAGCACAUACAGUCUGACCUCCUCGGGAACGUAGGCUGAAAGCCACAAACUUUGAUUUCAUCAUUUCGUCUCCGCUUGUAUAGUGAAAAUUCUCUUCAUUGUAAAACUAUUGUGAGCUGUUUUCAUCACUCGUUUGAUGUCUUGUGUGAUGGAAGAUUAUCUUCAUGUUAAACAUGUGUGGUUGUCCAGAUGUAAGCUAUUUCACAAAGACCUAAAUCGGACAACCAGCCUGCACCUAGGGCAGUGCUUCUGUAUGUCUAUGCUGUUUGUGUAACAAGAUACAGUAUUUGAGGGAAAUUAUAUGAAACAUUUUAAGUUUGUGCUAAACUGUCUUAUAUAUCAUGUUGUUAUUUUUCUGUAGUUUUGAUGCAAGGGAGGUAACUUUGCAUUUAUCUUCCUUUCUUUACCAGUCAAGUAUUAUAUAAUAUUCAUUUCAAAUUACCAAUUUUGAGUUACAGUAAAAAUAUAAGAAUUUCAUAACAUACAUGUACAUCUUUGAAUUAUGUGUUCUAAAACUUAAUCAGUUUUUUGUUACUCUGCAUUGAAAUAAAUAUUCUUGUAAUUUUAACAAUGACAUUUUCAUUGCAUCUUGCCUGGUGUAAAAAACACGAUGGAAGUCUAUUAUGCAAUAGAAACCAUAGGUGUUGGUAUCGGACUGGGAUAGGUAUCACAGAUUUUGAAAAAUAUAUUUUUUUGGCGCUUUUUGUAAUAGGAAUUUAUGACCCACUUAAUUGAAAACACCAAAUUAUACAGGCUAAUUAUUGCUUCAUCUGUAAACAGUUUUGUUUUGUUUGUUUUAGUCAUAAAAGUCAAAUGAAUUUAUCAUUAUAAUGCAUUAAAAUUAAUGGUUUUUUCUUUUGUUUUUUACUAUUUUUUAAUGCAAAUGUCAUACAAACAAAGAACCUCUGCAUAAUUAUAAGCUAUUUAAAGUUUAAACUCCCAUCCUAAGCGAUCUUGUACCUGUGUAUAAUAAUAUUCCUAAUAUUAAUAUAUAAUUGUUAUAUCAUUAUUUUUUGCAAUCCCUGUCUGAUUCUGCCACCUAUGGUAUAAUCCACAGUGAGUCUGCAGUUUCAAUGUUUAAGAACUAUCACAAAUUUGACCCUAAGUCAUUAGGUUUGAAAUACAAAGUCUAGAAAUUUAAAAAAAAAAUCUUGUAACACACUUUUACAAUAUUUGUGUUAUUAACGAUUGAAAUUGACAUGACAGACAUAGGAGCCUCCCUCUGCCAGUGGUGAUUUGCUUAAACUUAAGAGCGUACACAAUCCCAGACAGUACUUUGUCAGAGCCCUAAUCUUUCUUAAGCAAUGACCCGAAGCAAGAUGAAGAGCCAGCGCUCUUACCAAACAUUGUUUCAUACAGUUUUGUUGUAGAACUGUUCAGCAACCCACCACCUAGUCACUGGAAGUCUGUUUGUCAGAGUUUGUCAAAGUCAUCCUUAAACCAUGUGCUAAAAUCUUUUUGUGGGUCAAAUGAUGCUUGAAAGAAAAUUAGCGUCUUUUUGACACAAUUCUCAGCUACAAGGAUAUUAAUAAUAAAAUUCAGUGUUCCAAGUCUAAUAACUUUUAGAUUUGUAAUAGUUCACGAGCAUUGGCUGACAGAAGCUGCAGUUCUGUGAACCCUGUUUUAAAUUGAAUAGUCACUGAAAUGAUUAUAUAUAUUGUGAUAUCAUGUUUGUCUGUGAUAAUAUUUAUAAUACAAUUUAAUAUACUUAAAAAACAUUGAAGUAAUUAAUUUAUUGUUUGUGGUUUUGUCAAAAUGUUGUUUAUUUCUUUUUAACCCAGACAAUUUUGGUGUCUAGACACAUAGUUGAAACAUAAAGACGUUCGACUGUAUGUGACGUCGUCUGCAGAAACGAUUUCUGUUGAGGUUUUCACCUUUGCAAUGAAAACAAUAUGUUAACCAACAGAUUGGCAAAACAAACAAUUGUAUAGUAAUGUGUAAAAUCAAGCAGCUUAUAUGGAAAUUUGUAGAAAUAGUUAUAAUUUCCUGCUUAUAAGGUGCAAGGUCCUAAAAAUUGAAAUCAUCACUUUGACCUCCACAGGAUUUAUCUAUGCCAACAUCACACAGAUUGAAUAUAUAUUUUUUAUAUAUCAAUAUACGGUAGUUGAUUUUUAUGUUCUAGUGCUUUAUGAAACGUGUUUAAAAGAAUACACAAUUGUAUCUAAACUUGUUCAUGUAAAUUGAGUCCACCAUAUUUAUACAGAUAAAGAAUCUCAUGAUUUUAUUCAGUGCAUGAUAUUACACGCAUGGUCAUUCAAUACGGAAGUUUUUAGAAGAGUUUUCUAAAACUGAUAAAAACGAGCCUGGCAUUUUGUGAAAACGAGCCUGGCAUUUUGUUAUCAAUUUCGGUCAACUAGUAAACAUGGAAUCAUAUUGAAAGAUCAUGGAUGUGUUAUUCUGUUAAUACAGUCGAACCUUGUUUGCUCAAACUCAGUUGGCUCGAAGUUCUCGUUGGCUCAAACGGGAUGUAAAGGACCGAUUUGUUUAUAUUGAAUGUAAGCAUUCCCGCUUGACUCAAAUUUUCCGAGGCUCGAGGUAUAUUCGCCAUGCCAACUGGGUUCGACUGUACCAUAAAUACUUAUGAUAGUUUAAAGCGCCAAAUACUACAUCAACAGUUUCUUACAAUUAUCUUGUUAUAUGUAAUGAGUUGUAUAAAUAUAAAUAUGCAAAAAUUAUAUAAUUACAAAUAUAAUAAUGAUAAUAAUUAAAAACUUACUUAUAAUUAUUACUCCAUCUUUAAUGUUAUGUAAUUAAUUAUAGUAUUAAAUGUUUACAAUUAUCGCAUCUGCUGAAAAUAAGUAUUGCUAUAGUUUCAUUUAGAAGACAAUAAAUUUGUCAUGCAAAUAAAAUAUGCACAUUCCUUAAAUAUGCACUUGUUAAACUAUGUAUAAAAUUGAACUGGUUUGCCAUUUAUGAAUUUCUAUGUCAACAUUUUGACUGGUUUGCAAUUUUUUUUUUCAAGUUAGAAGUAGUAUUUUGUUGUAUUUCUCAAGAUUUAUAGAUGUGUUCAUAUUUAUUUUAAAUGCAAAGUUGUAUAUGCUUCGCCUUCGAACUUUAAUUAUGCUUUUGACAUCCAACUGCAUUAUAAUUGAUGUCAUUUGCGCAACUAUUUCUCGACCCAUAUUUACAAACUUAUUGAGUUUGAGACACGGGGUUAGAAACUGUUUUUUUUAUGCUUCAAAAUAUUCACAAUGUGAUUAUUAUGACAAAAGAAGUGUGCUUGAUCAUAGAAAAGAUUAUUUGUAACAGAUACAGCAAUUUUGACCAUAUUUUCUCCUGUAAAAGCAUUCUUACAACCAAAUUCAAAUUCUGCUUUUUCUGACUCAAAAUAUUUGAAUAUGGACACCGGGGGUACUUACAUUUAAUUAUUGUCAAUCCUGAAAAAUAGACAGGGGACUGCGAGUAUGAGGGUUCAUGCUGAAAGCAGAGUCGAGGGGCUAAGAUUGAAAUUAUUUAAAAUUCAGGUCCAGUCGAAACCCCUUGGCUCCAAUUCCUCUUUGGCUUGAUCUUGUUUUUAAGGACUGAUGUUUUUAACUUUAUGUAAUAUUGCCCGCUUUGCUCGAUUUUUGCGAGGCUUGAAUUUUUUUAUUCAGUCUAUGGUGUAUCAAGGCAACAGGUUUCAAUUGUAUAUUCAUUUUUAAGUACUUCCUACAGUUUUUGAUAUAAAAAUGUCCAAGCAAAAAUAAUGAUUACAAUUGGUUAAAAACUCUUUAUCCCAAUUUUAAGAUUGAUCUAGAACUUAAGAACUCCUAAUAUGUUCACACCCCUGGGGGUGCCGAAGAAAAUUUGUAUAAAAAAGAGGAAACCAUUGCAUAACAGGAUUUUCCCUUUGGCAUUAAAUACGAAAAAUGAACUUUCAUUUAGAUUAGAUAAAAUGCAAGAAUUUGGAUUUUAUAGAUUUGUGGUCAAAAGAGGAAAUAUGCUGAAGAGGAAAAUAAGCAUCCCUGCAUCUAUUGUUGCAUCAUAGCAAUAUUAUUUUUAAUCAGACUCUAGUUUAGUGACUAACAUCCAGGGUAAAAUUAUAGGUUCUAGCAUGUAGAUUUUUAUAGCUAACGAUUGAAAACCAAAUUUGAAUGGCUGAAGGUGGGAUUUCUUGCUUAACUUUUUUUGAUAUAAAGAUGACACAGCUUAUGUUUAACGAUUCUCGCUCUCAGAUUUGAUGCUUAAAACAAUUAUAUUUAAACUUUUUUUUAAAUUUGAGCUAUUUUUACUUACUUUUAUAAACAGCAACUGGUCGAUUCUUUUUUAAACUUUUUUGUUAAUCCAAUUUUGAAAUAAAUCAAUUUGUAACAACCUUAUUACCUAAUGCUUUUGGCAAAAUAGAAAAAGUAGAACCAGAAUUUUUUAAUAUUUUGUCUUGCACUUUAAACUGUGAUUAAGUCCCUUCAAAAGUUUAAAUAUAUGUUAGAAAAAUAUAGGGCUUUGACAAAUUGGUGAGAAAUAUAAGUCUAAAAUAAUGAUGGUUUACAAGAAGUCAAAAUUAAUGAAAAAAUGAAAUUUUAAGAGAUUAAACACCGAGUAAUACAAAACAAAUUAAUGGUUAACAAGCUUUGCUGUAAAAUGAUUUUUGCUCAACUAGUUAGAUGACAUGCAUGUGAAGAUAAUUUAGUACAAGAGUUUAAUUAGAUCAAUUUUUCUUUUCUAUUCUUGUAAAAUUGAUUCAAUUGUUAUAUUUGAAUAUGCAAUGGAAGUUUUAAUUUCAGAUGGUCAAAUUCGAAUUAUUUGAUGUUGUGUUAUUUUUUAAUUUUUUGUGAUCUAAUGGUGAUAUUUGCAUGUUCUAGUAUUAGAAAAAUAUGAGAUGUCAAAAUUUAGAUGUUCAGGCUUUGUAUAUUGGCAAUUUUCACUGAUGUGCAAAUUAAUUCGCACAUUCGGUGUUGAAACUUGCCGCCAUUUAAUUAACAUGAAAUGCUUGUUAGAAUGUUCUCAGAAUAAACUG